AUCUGCAAUGGCUGACAUGAAAACAAACGUCGACUUUGAACUCUAACAUAACUCGUGUUUUUUACUCAAUAUGUUCACCGCAUUAUUCAAAGACCUCCGAUCGUUCGCCGUCAGUAACAUAGCGUAUUUUCAAAAUGGUAAAGGUAACACGCAAGCCAGAUUUCAUGCGGCAUUUUGUUUAUUACACGAACACAUUGACCGUGGUAUCCAACCGACUGUGGAGUUAAUCGCCCCGCGUUUGGACGAAUACGACCUCUCGCCAGACGUUCAGGCCAAUGGAUUUCGGAGCAUUAUCAAAAUCAUCCACAAAUGUUGCCUCCAUAUUCUACAGCUGGUACGACACAUCCAUGUCAACAGAGAGUCCAUGUUUUUUCGGUCAUCCCAUUACAGUUCAGAGUUGGAGGCCUAUGUGGAGACACUCGGGCAACUCCGGGCUUGUCUGGAACACGCUUACAAACUGAUGGACUUUUGUAAGGAUGGAAGUCUUUUUGCCGACGAGGAGAUGAUCGAUGACGCAAUAGCAGAGGAACUAACACAACAAGUAGAGAAACUUAGUCAAGAAUGUUUUUAUGGCAGAACCAUGGGUUUUCAGUUUUGCAGCUCUAUGCAGAAGCCGCUGAGCACAGUUGGAGUUACGAUGGCUUCCUUCAGUGAAAAUUACCUGGAUAAUAAGUCACACUUCAUGCAGUUUGCAGGCACAGUGCUUAGUAGUGGAAAGUACCUCCUAAAUCCUGAACUCCGUGCAAGACAGAUAUGUGCAGUAACAAGAAUGGCUGAUGUCAGGUUUUGCAAGGCAUUCUGGUCCAUCACCGAAUCUGGGAUCAUGCAGCAGCUGCCAACAUUUGUGUGUCCGUCAGUGCAGGUAAAUGAAGUGAUGGCACUACAGCCAGAGUCGUUUGAAAUAGAGGCAGUCGAGAGUAAAGAAACUGUGACAAUUACACCUCCAUGUGCCCAUACCGGUCAUGGUCCAGUGAACGUCCGCCUUCUCUCCAGCGAGUAUAGAGUUGGCCAGCCCAGGAAAUCUAGCAAGCCACUACCGAAAAAGACAGUACCACUGCCCCUGUCACCUUGUCUUCUAGUCCACUGUCAUGGCGGAGGAUUUGUAGCCCAAUCAUCUAAAUCACACGAGGUUUAUCUGAGACAAUGGGCAAAGGACUUGAAUGCGCCGAUCCUGUCAAUAGACUACUCCCUCUCGCCAGAACAUCCAUUCCCUCGUGCACUGGAGGAGUGUUUCUAUGCUUAUGCAUGGGCUGUCAAAAAUUGCCGCAGUCUUGGCUCGACAGGGGAGGUAAUCUGCCUCGCAGGUGACAGUGCUGGAGGCAAUCUAAUGAUCUCCACGGCGAUGAGAGCAGCCUCGUUUGGGAUCCGAGUCCCGGAUGGGAUUGUGGCCGCCUACACACCUGUAUUGGUCCAUUACACACCGUCACCUUCUCGCAUGCUUUCACUGAUGGACCCCCUUCUUCCUGUUGGCAUUCUCGUCCGCUGCAUGGCCGCCUACGCUGGUAUUCCUAAUGAUUUCCUGGACCAGCGACGUAGCAGUCGGGAUAUUGAGGAGGAGUUUGUUGUCAUAGAAACAGUGGACUGUGAAGAGGACAGCCCUUCCAGUGACUCGUACAUUCAGGACGAUAGCUCUUCAGUAGACAUUCUUAACAGAGUUACUUCCCUUGAAUCUCUCGACUCUGAUCUGGGUUUCCCUGUGUCUAAAACUAAUCAGAUUCUCAAUGUGGAUGAUAACGACUCUGCUGUCCUUGUGGUCGGGGGCAACCAGGUUCAAUCUGAUUCUGUGGCCGUAGAAACAGGUACUCUGGGACAAUCUGAUGCAGGUGUGAGUGAGGUGGCUUCUCCGGAUGAAUUCAACAGCGUGUGUCUGGACACAAGUGGGGGAAGCUCUUUAGCAGCCUCUACUCUGGGUGAUCUCCCCUUAGCUGAGGAGGCUGAUGAGUCAGGUAAACAGAUCUCUCAGUUAGAGCUUGCCAACAGUCGUCGGAGUCUACCCCCUCCUCGUCAAUCUCUACAUCUGAGUCUGCCAAGUUCUCCCACAAAACCUAAAAAAACUUUUCCUAUUAGUCCCAGUAUGCCAGCUAUUGGCAUUUCUGAUCGUCUUGGAUACAAGAAAGGAUUCAGUCCCGUAUAUGAGGCGCGACACCACAUAGAGAGUCCUGUGCGUAUAUUCCGAAGUCUUCCUAUAGUGAAAAACCCGUACAUGUCACCCAUGGUGGCCCCAGAUGAGAUGCUGGCGUCUCUUCCUCCACUCUAUCUGGUGGGUUGUCACCUAGACCCACUACUGGAUGACUCUGUGAUGUUUGCGAGGAAGCUGAGGAGUUUAGGCCGGACUGUAGAUCUGCACAUGAUAGAAGAUCUUCCUCACGGAUUUCUGAACUUCAGUCUCGUCAGUGCGGAGGCAAAGCUUGGAUCUGAUGUUCUUGUCGACAAGAUCCGAAAAGUUUUUCACUCUUCACUCAAAGAGGAACAAAACGAUACAGAAUCUGUAAAUACUUCGCCUCCUCACUGAACGCAUUCCAAACUUAAAGGAAUUGUCUCCUUUGUUUGUAUUAAAUAAUUAAUUUUAAUAGAUACAUUAUUUCAUUUCCCCUAUAAGCCCCCACGGCCGACCACACCGCCCAAUUCUCUCCUCUGUGCAAUUAAUUCUUUAUAUUAAUCACAUUUUAUUGUAUUUUGAACCAGAUCUGUGUAAAUGUGGCUGGAAAGUUCAAAGUCUUAACUUAAUACUACUUAAAUAUUGAUGUUUUAAUUCAUGUAUAUAAUCAAACAUGAUUUUAAAUAAUUCAUUAAUGAAUAUUUGUCCACUAUGAAGUGUUAUUUUUAGGUUAUGAAACAAAAAUGGUGUUUUGUAUGAUUUUUGCAAAAGCAAAGAAGUACAUGUGAUAGUUUUAUUCUUAUUCAUAAGUAUUAUGAUCAAAAUUCCUGUGAUUUUUUCAACCAUCAAAAAAAUUACAUUUACCUGUAAAUUAUAAUGUUUAUAAAAUUGUGUGUGUAUAAUGUCCUUUUGAAGCAUUUUCAAUUUUGUAUUUGAUUGACAUGUUUAUCUUUCCAGCAUUAGGUGACAUUUUUUGAAAAAUGUUUAACAUGUAAAUUAUUUUACGGAGCAUUACUUUAAAACACCAGGUAUUGAAUUAUUCUCUGAUUAACCAGUCUUCAGUUGAUGGUAAUGGAGAAAAUCCAGUGUUUAUUUUGUCACAUUGAGCACAGGUUAUUUUCGUUACAUCACAUAAAUAACAAAUUUCAACAGUGUCACAAUAUAUGUUUUACUCGGCUGUUGUAGAGUGUGAUUUGCUUGUCGCUGUUUAAUUGUGACUUUUAACUAGGAUAAUUCCCUGAAGCCAAAUGUCAUCAAAAACAUAUUGACGUUCUUUAUUUCAAGCGGCAUGAGAAAAUGUUUAUAUAAAUAUUAUGUGGAGAAUUAUGUGAUAAAAAGAUGUUUUAUUGCUUCCAUUUGCUAUGAUUUCAAUUUAUGAAAAUUGUCUGAAAAUUUUCAUUUUAGCUUGAAAAAUAGCAAAGAAAAUUUAAAGAUAAAAAUUAAGGUUUUACUUAUUAUAAUAAGCCCUAAUUUUUUAAUGCCAAUUAAUAAUUCAUGUGAGGAAAUUCUAAGAUUUUAUCUAUGAAAUGAAGAAACAAUAUACAGGAUCAAUAGAUGUACCCUCAAAUUGUGAUCAUAUAGAUUCUGUGUUAUGUUGAUAUUGUCUCAAUAUUGGCAGCCAUUAAUGGUUCAAAGUCAAGGUCAUAUUGUCUGAGUGAAAUGAAGGGAGGUAACUCUGACUUUGGUUACUUUGAAACCCAGUGUAGUCAAAUUGAUUUUGAAUUUUUAUUUUUGUAAUUAUUUAUUCUGCUGUCAUUUCUGCUUGUUUUAUUUGUAGUAUUUAUAAAAUAUUUGAAUGUUAAAGUAAGAUUUUAUAUUGAUUUUAAGUAUCAAUGUUUGUUUGAUUUAUAAAUAUUUUAAUUAACUAGUCAUUAUUGAAUAUCAUAUUCUUCAUUGCUCAGCCCUAGUUACUUACACUGAGCCUGUUUUUCAUGUGAUUAUUUUGAUAUUUUCAUUUCUUUGUACAUUUAUAUCAAAAUUCUAUUACAUCAUUUUAGUAAGCAAGUCAAUCUAAUUAAAAUCUAGAUGGUUAUUCUCACUUCGUUACAUGAACAUCUAACAACAUCCCAUAUGGGGUCACGUCAGGGUGACCUUUUGGAUUAGCCAA